UACUUUAUUAUUAUAAAUAUAGAACUCCACUAUUAGAAACAGCUUCGUGCUCGUUAUUUGUCUUUUAGCCUGCCUCCCCUGGGAUUGAACAACACUCUGAUAUUGGGUAGAGAGAGAGUGGGAGAUGAGUGGUGGAAGUGAAGGAGAGACGCUUGAGUACACACCUACAUGGGUGGUGGCUGCUUUGUGCACUGUUAUAGUCGCCCUUUCUCUUGCUGUUGAAAGACUUCUUCAUUAUUGUGGGAUUUUUCUCAGGAGGAAGAACCAGAAGCCCCUCUAUGAAGCCCUUCAAAAAGUUAAAGAAGAGUUGAUGCUUUUGGGUUUCAUAUCUCUAUUGCUGACAGUUUCCCAGAACACCAUAGCUAAAACAUGUGUGCCAGAGAAUGUGGUUAACGACUUGCUUCCUUGUCGCCUUAGUGAAAAGCAAAAAGAAAAAGGACAUGAGUCCUAUUCUACGACUACAACUAAACAUUUUCAAAGCUUCUCUCCUGGUACCAUUUCUGGCACUUUUAGGCGUCUUCUGGCUGAAGCGUCAGAAGCCAAUCAUGGUUAUUGUGCCAAAAAGGGCAAGGUACCGUUGUUAUCAUUGGAAGCCAUACACCAUCUACAUAUCUUCAUAUUUGUCCUGGCCAUUGUCCAUGUAACUUUCUGUGUUCUCACCAUUCUUUUUGGAGGUGCAAGGAUUCGUCAGUGGAAACACUGGGAGAAUGAAAUUGCAAAAGAUCGCUGUGAUACAGACCAAGUUUUGCAAAAAAAGUUCACCCAUGUCCAACAACAUACUUUUAUCAAGGAGCGUUUUUUGGGAAUUGGUAAAAAUUCAGCUCUGCGAGUAUGGCUGGAUUCCUUUUUCAAGCAAUUCUAUGUGUGUGUGACCAAGUCAGAUUACAUAACUUUACGGCGAGGAUUUAUCAUGACACAUACCAGAGGAAACCCAAAGUUUAAUUUUCACAGAUACAUGGUGCGUUCCCUCGAAGACGACUUUAAGACAGUUGUUGGUAUAAGUUGGUAUCUUUGGGUUUUCGUGGUCAUCUUCUUAUUGCUGAAUAUCAAUGGUUGGCACACAUAUUUCUGGAUAGCAUUCAUUCCUUUAUUUCUUCUUCUCGCUGUUGGCACUAAGCUGGAGCAUGUAAUUACCCAGUUGGCAUAUGAGGUUGCUGAGAAACAUGUAGCCAUAGAAGGGGAACUAGUAGUUCAACCAUCAGAUAAUCACUUUUGGUUCCACAGGCCUGGCUUUGUCCACUUAUUGAUCCAUUUCAUCCUCUUCCAAAAUGCUUUUGAAAUUGCAUUUUUCUUUUGGAUCUGGGUUCAAUAUGGCUUUGAUUCCUGCAUAAUGGGACAAAUCAAAUAUAUUGUUCCACGGCUAAUUAUAGGGGUGUUUAUUCAGGUACUCUGUAGCUACAGCACUCUUCCCCUUUAUGCCAUUGUCUCACAGAUGGGAAGUACUUUCAAGAAAUCAAUAUUUGAGGAGCAUGUGCAAGCAGGCCUCGUUGGUUGGGCUCAAAAGGUGAAGAAAAAGAGAGGGCAAAAAGGUUCAACGGAAGGAUCUAGCGAAGCAAGUUCCCAUGUUUCUGCUGGGGGGCUUCAGCUGGAGAAACUGAAACGGUUAAAAGAAGCCAAUGAAGGUUCCGCUCAAUCGAGUUCUCAUGAAGGUUCUACUUUGGGAAAUAAUGCUCCUGCUCCUCCUUUUCCUCGGGAGGCUGAGCCUUGAGUUGCUUCUAGUAGGAACUGUAUAACUCACGACUAGGAUGGCUGCAGUUGUAUUAUGGGCAAGCCUUCCAGCAUCAUAAAUAUUUUUGUUUAUUUUCUUUCCAAUAUUUAGUAGCAAUUAUGUACGAAGGCAUAUUGAUACUGAAUUGCAUGUCAUCAUGAGCAUCUUGUGUGCUUUGUAUUCAGCGAUUCAGCUAGCAUGUCUGUAUUUUCAAAUGAGUGUUAUGUAAGAUUCAUUACCAUAUAAAUAACUGUUAUUUUUCAGUUUCCUUUUUGCA